GAAAUGUGCCGAGGGGCCCGGGCUGGCUGGGCCAGUCCAAGCGGCGCAGCCACCCAUGCGCGCGCGCUCGCAAGACCACCCGCGCCCAGAGCCCCAGUCUGAGGCUUGGCACCAGGGGGUUUGCGGGCGAGGCGAGCUCUCUACGGGCGAGGGGCUAGUGGGAGCCGGCACAAGAGGGUCGAGGAGCCAGAAACACCAAACGUUCGGCGCCGGGCGCUAGCCAAGCUGCUGCGCGCCGCGGCGCCCAGCUGGCUCGGGGACAACCGCUGGGUGUGGGAGACCGGAGUUAGCGGAUUGCAGCGGAAGAGCAAAGAUGUCACACUGGAUCCUUGGCCUCCAGGGUCCAUUAAGGUGAGAAUAAGAUCUCUGGACUGACUGGACCUAGCCUAAGACCGAAAAGCAGCCAUGGACAUGGUGGAUAAGCCACUCAAUGGAAGCCACACAUGGCUAUCCAUUCCAUUUGACCUGAAUGGCUCUGUGGUGUCAACCAACACCUCAAACCAGACAGAGCCAUACUAUGACCUGACGAGCAAUGCAGUCCUCACAUUCAUCUAUUUUGUGGUCUGCAUCAUUGGGUUGUGUGGCAACACACUUGUCAUUUACGUCAUCCUCCGCUAUGCCAAGAUGAAGACCAUAACCAACAUUUACAUCCUCAACCUGGCCAUCGCAGAUGAGCUCUUCAUGUUGGGUCUGCCUUUCUUGGCUAUGCAGGUGGCUCUGGUCCACUGGCCCUUUGGCAAGGCCAUCUGCCGGGUGGUCAUGACUGUGGAUGGCAUCAAUCAGUUCACCAGCAUCUUCUGCUUGACAGUGAUGAGCAUUGACCGAUACCUGGCUGUGGUCCACCCUAUCAAGUCGGCCAAGUGGAGGAGACCCCGGAUGGCCAAGAUGAUCACCAUGGCUGUGUGGGGAGUCUCUCUGCUGGUCAUCUUGCCCAUCAUGAUAUAUGCUGGGCUCCGGAGCAACCAGUGGGGGAGAAGCAGCUGCACCAUCAACUGGCCAGGUGAAUCUGGGGCUUGGUACACAGGGUUCAUCAUCUACACUUUCAUCCUGGGGUUCCUGGUACCCCUCACCAUCAUUUGUCUUUGCUACCUGUUCAUUAUCAUCAAGGUGAAGUCUUCUGGAAUCCGAGUGGGCUCCUCCAAGAGGAAGAAGUCUGAGAAGAAGGUCACCCGAAUGGUGUCCAUCGUGGUGGCUGUCUUCAUCUUCUGCUGGCUUCCCUUCUACAUAUUCAACGUUUCUUCCGUCUCCAUGGCCAUCAGUCCCACCCCAGCCCUUAAAGGCAUGUUUGACUUUGUGGUGGUCCUCACCUAUGCUAACAGCUGUGCCAACCCUAUCCUAUACGCCUUCUUGUCUGACAACUUCAAGAAGAGCUUCCAGAACGUUCUCUGCUUGGUCAAGGUGAGCGGCACAGAUGACGGGGAGCGGAGUGACAGUAAGCAGGACAAAUCCCGGCUGAAUGAGACCACGGAGACCCAGAGGACCCUCCUCAAUGGAGACCUCCAAACCAGUAUCUGAACUGCUUGUAGGGUGGGAAAAAACCAAGCCAUGCUCUGUCUACUGGCAAUGGGCUCCCUACCCGCACCCGCUUCCUUCCUCCCACCCCUCACACCUGGCUUCUAGAAUAGAGGAUUGCUCAGCAUGAGUCCAAUUCAGAGAACAGUGUUUGAGUCAGCUUGUCUGAUUGAAUGAUAAUGUGCUAAAUUGAUUACCUCCCCCUUAAAGCGAACAUUGAAAUGCAGCUAGGCAAUUCAAAGUCUGGAGAAGAGGGAUCAUGCCUGGCUAUCAUCUUUAGAAACAACAAAAAUAGAAAAAAAAAGUAUCUGUGUGUUUGUGUAUUUAAAACUCAAUAUGUAAUCUUGUGUUUUUAUAUUUAUCCUUGUAUAUUCCUAUUUAUUCUCUGUAUAGGCAUUACCUACGUUCCCGUGUUCACAUACACAAGUAUCUAAUUCGAGUGUGCGUAGUGUAGAUGGACAUUUGCCACAAUACAGUGUCCGCAGAAAUGGACUUAUCAUGAAGUCAGUAAAGUCCAAGCUUCAGGGUCCCUCUUGCACGGGCCUUUCCAAGGCCCAGGAGGGACCUGGGCAGUAUGUUCACGUGGUCAUUAUGUUUUUGUAAAAAAUUGUGAAAGUAAGAUAUUUUGUAUUGUUUUUCCUAAAGAGGACCCUCCUAUAAGCUUCAAACCUCAAAAACUUCUAGCCUCUGCCCUUGCGGAUUUGCUUCAUUAAUUUCAGGCAAGUUAGGUCAAUGUAAGAAGGGAAAGGGAGAAGAUAUUUGAAGAACCAGAACAUAAAUUCGUAUGUUUCCACUUCUCAGAUAUAAUCAGAGAAUUCUUCAUUUGCCCAAAAGGACUCACGUGGUUGUGGUCAUCCAUCAUUGUAUUUAUCAAGACAAAGCCAACUUUGUUAUAAGAUUGCAUUUUUUUCUUUUCAGAUUGCUUUAGUUUUUCUUAGGGAGCCAUGACGGGGGAGAAUCACUAACAUGAAAGGCAAAAGAUGGACUAUAAUUCCUGUGGAGAAACAAUUUUCUUCUCUCCAUCGUGAAAAUAAGUGAAUAAGAGUGAAGCAAAAUUACACCUUUAUGAGAAACCAUAAAAUUGUUUUUAUUUUUCAGGCCAGAGAUAGCUGCCUAAUGAAAGAAAAUGGAAAUGUAAUUCGACGACUCCUCAAAGGGGAUUCUAGAGGACGUCAUACAAAGCUGGGCAUUAAGAAAACCACAAUGCAUGGCCCGGCGCGGUGGCUCAUACCUGUAAUCCCAGCACUUUGGGAGGCCAAGGUGGGUGGAUCACCUGAGGUCAGGAGUUCGAGACCAGCCUGGCCAACAUGGUGAAACCCCGUCUCUACUAAAAAUACAUAAAUUAGCUGGGCAAAGUGGCAUGUGGCUGUAAUCCCAGCUGCUUGGGAGGCUGAGGCAGGAGAAUCACUUGAACCUGGGAGGUGGAGGUUGCAGUGAGCUGAGAGUGUGCCACUGCACUCCAGGAGCCUGGGCAACAAGAGAAAACUCAGUCUCAAAAAAAAAAAAAAAAAAAAAAAAACCCACAAUGCAUACUAAAGACCAGAGGACACUGUUCAUCAAACAAAAGCACCCUUUCCUGCCAAUGAAUAUGCAGCGUGCGGGGGGUGUGGUCUGAGUGUUGGUAGGGCUCCACUACUUGGAAAUACUGCUGUGCCGCCUUCCCUGCUAACUGUAUACACAGUAACUGUCAUCUUUAAUGCCACGGACUCUCUGAGCCGCUCUGCAAGGACUAUUGUAGACAGGCACUUCACACCAUAAAGUGGCAUUUUUUUGGUUCCCCAAACUGACAUUUACAAGCGAUAAGAAAAGGGACAAUGUCCAUUUCAUUGACUGAUCAUUUUCCAGAGUAUGAAGAAAUACACACCUGGGUGUCUGCAAGGAUGUCAUCAUCUUUGGUUUUUGUCUGAGAGCAUCACUCAGCAUCUCACACAUAGAUUUUACCGUAUUUUUAAAUGAGCUUUCCUCUUCUGGCUCCCUAAGCAAGCGCUGUUGGCCAGUGGGAGUGACUAAGUGCUCCACCUGUGGGUGUCCUUAAUGUGCUGCUUUUUCUGUGUAAUUCACACCACCUCAUUCCCAAAAGUACUUCCUGUGGCUCAGAAAAAUGUGUUCAAUAAGAUUUUGGAUAGAUAAAUCCAUACAAAAAUAAAAAGAGGUACAGUUAUAAAACAAGACUAUAGAAAAAGUUGUUGCAGAAAUUGCACGCAGUAAAAUCCCACACCAUUAACAAAAGUAAGGUCAACUGCAAGUUCAGCUCAGGGCUUCCUAGCAGCCAUGUUUAGCAAAGUGUGACUUUUUUUUUUUUUUUUUUAACAAAAACAAAGAUUUGGAAGAAAAUGCUUUAGACCUAACUUCACAAUUAUUAUAACAUAAGAUGUUCCAGGGUCCUUGAAUAAAUGCUGAGUUUUAGGGAAAUGAUUCCAAGGGACCAAGAAUUGGUAGAAAUAAAUUCAAGGCAGAGAAGACUAACUCUACAGGCCAGGCAUGAUGGCUUAUGCCUGUAAUCCCAGCACUUUGGGAGGCCGAGGUGGGUGGAUUGCCUGAGAUCAAGAGUUCAAGACCAGCCUGGCCAACACGGUGAAACCCUGUCUCUAUUAAAAAUACAAAAAAUUAGCCAGGUGUGGUGGUGGGCGCCUGUAAUCCCAGCUACUCGGGAGGCUGAGGCAGGAGACUGACUAGAACCCGGGAGGUGGAGGUUGCAGUGAGCCGAGAUCGUGCCAUUGCACUCCAGCCUGAGCAACAAGAGCGAAACUUCAUCUCAAAAACAAAACAAAAACAAAAACACUAAUUCUAUAGUACUCAUGACUCUGCAACCAGAGAAACUACCUGUAGGGAGGCUAGAGUCCAAAGCAGCCACCUGGAACCUGAAAAUGAAAUGCAGACCCAGGCAUCUGUGGGUCUUCAUCAGCAGGAUGACCAUUCUAAGGCUAACAGACAGGCUUUUAAAUCUGAUGCUAUAAUUCCAUUCAAAUACACAGUUAGGUUUCUACCAUAGGGAAGGCUAUUCUCUACUUUCUGAAAUAUCUGUUUCAAAGAUAACUUGCUCUCUGGUUUUCUUUUAUCUAAAAGAGAGAAGCAACAUGCUAAUUUAAAGGUUAACAUCAUUUUAAUUCAAAAAUUUCAGUCUCCAUUCCAUAUUUAAUGAUGAAGACAAAUCUGCUGGGUGCUGGGAGGGAAUAAAAAGUAAUGCACUCCAUUGAUUUCAGAGUAUCUAAUCACUUGGGUUAUGCAAGCUGCUACUUACCUGCCAUUAGCAUGGGUAGUUAAGUGCUGAUUAAACCUAAGUGGGCUCAGUGAAAAAGAUAUUGGGAAAGAUAAUAUGAUAUUGCGGCCUAUGUUGAAUGUUAGCUUGUGUGUCAGUAACAGAGUUGGGUAAUAUUGGACGUGUAGAUGAAACUUUAGCAGGGUUGGGCACGAUGCUCAUGCCUGUAAUCCCAGCACUUUAGGAAGCCAAGGCAGGCGGAUCACCUGAGGUCAGGAGUUCAAGACCAGCCUGGCCAACAUGAUGAAACCCCGUCUCUACUAAAAAUACAAAAAAAAAAUUAGCUGGGUGUGGUGGCAUGCACCUGUAAUCCCAGCUACCCAGGAGGCUGAGGCAGGAGAAUUGCUUGAACCCAGGAGGUGGAGGUUGCAGUGAGCCAAGAUGGCGCCACUGCACUUCAGCCUGGGUGACAGAGCAAGACUCCAUCUCAAGAAAAAAAAAGAAACAGAAACUUAAGUGGGGUUCAUACCAUAGCGUGGCACAAUCUAGAAGGCAGAGGGACAUUGGAGAAUAAAAUGGCAUGCAGAGAGGAACAUGCAGGCUGGUGGAUGGGGUUUCUAGACCUGGCAGUGAACUGGAGUCUAUUUGCUUACACAAAUUUAACUUUCUUUCCAUAAUGGAAUACAAGUGUUUCUUGCCGAAGCUCGCAGUCCUAGCUGCCCCAGAUGAGGAGCACCGUGCUGGAAAAGUGUACAGGCUGAUCACAGAGACAGGUAGGGAGCAAAGGAUUGUCAAAAUACAUGUUCCGGGCUGGGGACGGUGGCUCACACCUGUGAUCCCAGCACUUUGGGAGGCCGAGGCAGGGGAAUCACUUGAGCCCAGGAUUUUGAGACUAGCCUGGGCAAUAUGGUGAGACUCUGUCUCUUUAAAAAAAAAAAAAAAAAGAAAAAAAGAAAGAAAAAAAGUAUCAUAUUUCUGAUCAGCUCUGAAUGUGACUAUUCAAUGAAGACAGUAAAGUUACAGUGGAAGGCACACAUGACCUUUGACCUUGCUAAAGAACAGUGGCUGAAGGUCUAGCAAACAUAAUGCUCAUCUUAGGUUACCUGUUGAUUUAAAAACAACAAAAAAAAACCCAUAAAAAUAGUAAAAUAUAAAAACAAAUUAAUGUUUUAGAAACCCUGGGGAAAAUAAUUUCAGCAAAGUACAAAAAUUUAAAGCAUUCCUUUCUUUAAUUUUGUAAUUCUUUACUGUAGAACAGCUCAAAAUAUCAGUUCUGUUUUAAGUAACAGAAUUGCUAACUGAGCAGGGAAAUGUAAUUUGGAUUGUAAAAUUCUUGCUUUAAUAAAAACUCCUUAAACAGUUAAAAAAAAAAAAAAAAAGGAGAAAGAAAGAAAGGUGGCAAGAGAAGUAUCAAAA